CGAACUCUAAAUAGCAAAUCCAGCCACCAAGGAUUUAAAUCCGCUCGACGCUCUCAACAAGAAAACAGAUGAUAAAUAUAAAACAGAUAAUUUCAAACAAAACUACGCUGUAAAAUUUCAGUAAUCAGCUCCGCUGACAUCGCAACCGUCCGCCGCGGAUUAUCGCCGGCUUUCUUCUACGUGCCGGCUAUCUACUCCGAAUUAACUCCACUACUCUCCGAUUUGCUCCGCCGCUCAUUACUAACGGUCAUUUUCCAAUUUCAACGGUAAUCAAGAUGAUUGGGUCUUUUCUCACCAGAGGACUUGUGAUGGUUUUUGGUUAUGCUUAUCCUGCUUAUGAGUGCUUCAAAACUGUGGAGAUGAAUAAACCUGACAUUGAGCAACUUCGCUUUUGGUGCCAGUACUGGAUAUUGGUUGCAGUGUUGACAGUUUGUGAGAGGGUAGGAGAUGCUUUUAUUUCAUGGGUCCCAAUGUACAGUGAGGCUAAGUUGGCAUUCUUCAUAUAUUUGUGGUUCCCCAAGACUAAGGGAACAACUUAUGUUUACGAUUCUUUCUUCAGACCUAUAGUCUCAGAACACGAGACAGAAAUUGAUCGUAAUCUGUUGGAAUUGAGAAUUAGAGCUGGGGAUAUGGCGGCUCUAUACUGGCAAAAGGCUGUUAGUUAUGGUCAGACAAGAAUAUUUGAUGUCUUGCAGUAUAUUGCUUCGCAAUCAGCUCAGCCUCGGCCUGCUCAGACACAACAAGAAGGUGCUAGAGUUCGACAAAACAAUGCACCACAGGUUCGUAAAGGAGCUGCUACAUCAGUGCCACAGGCUGAAGAGACCCCUUCUCCAGCUUCUAGUACAUCUUCAAGUGAGAACCAAGAUGAUGUGUCGGAGGAUGUUGCCCAUUCACAAGCGCCUUUAGCUGAUUCUUCUGGGGCUGCCCUAAAUGCAUUAAACACAACACCAACGGAACCCCUUACUGAAACCACAAAACCUACAACCUCAAAAGAAACUGAGGUUAUGGAGAUUGAUUCAGCUUCUUCGUCCGGAGCAGAAAAUGCCAAACCUCGGUCACAAGAGACGGUCAUUGAAGAAAGCGUUCGGGUCACGCGUGCCAGGUCAAGGAAACCACGUGCUACAUCCAACCGUUGAGUAGAGCUUGGGUCCUCCAUUAUCCUUCCUAAUUUGUGAAUUGUGAGUAACUAGGAGGCAUAGGUUAAGAGCUGAUAAAUGGUGCAUGUACAUCGUUGUUGUUGUUGGACGACUCGUUGGUUAUAAAUGUUCAAGAUUUUUAAGUUGAUGGAUUU